AUGGAAAUAUUAGAUUUCUGUUUGAAAAAUAAGAGAUUUUCCUGUCGACUGCCAUCGUCAUCGUAUAAUUCCUCCAAUAGGCUCCGAACAUCCGUGCUCGCAGUGAAGCUUCACACGUUAAAAUGUUCUUUCGGGACAGUCAAAGAGCAUACCUCGGCCUUUCAACCCAGAAAAUGUUAUUGGGAGCAUCCAGAAGCCGUCCGAAGACAUAGCGGAGCUUCAGCGUGA